GUUCUAGAGAUGUCAUUUGUUGAUGAUGCGAAGCGUCUGUUUGGCACAAUAGACCUUUAUGAAAUUUUGCACUUGAAAGGAUCGAAAUCGAAACGAAUGAAUUACAGCCAAGCAGAAAUCAAAAAGGCGUUUUUUAAGCUGUCAUUACAAUUUCAUCCUGAUCGUUGCAAUGAUGAGACGAAAAAGUUGGAAACAACAGCUAAAUUCCAAAUCUUAAAUCAUGCUUAUGCUGUUCUUAGUGAUAAGCAAAGGAAAGCUAUUUAUGAUGAAGUGGGAAUUAUUGGCGAUGCUGAAAUUUGCUCCGAAGAUGUGGACUGGCUUGCUAGAUGGAAAUUGAUAUUUAAGAAGAUAACGAAAGAAGAUAUUGACAACUUUAUAAGAAAAUUCAGGGACUCUGGCGAAGAACGUGAUGCAGUUAAAGAAGCUUACAUAAAAUACAAGGGUGAUAUGGGGAAAAUUCUGAAUGAUGUUAUUGGUGUUACAUACGAAGAUGAAGAGCGUUUGCACAAUAUGAUAAGUGAUAUGAUUGAAUCUGGCGAAUUGAAAGCAACGCGAUAUUUUGUUUCUGAGCCGGAAAGAAAAAAAGCUAAACGUCGUAAAGCAGCACAGCGUGAAGCAGAGGAAGCAGAGAAGAUAUUGAAAGAGGUUCAAAGGAAGGAAGGCGCUAAGGAUCUCGUCACUCUUAUUCAAAAUCGACAGCAAAAAAAUCUUGCAUCAUUUAAUCAACUUUGUGAUUCUUUAACCGUAAAAUAUGCGAAGAAAUCAAGAAAAACAAAGUGAUAAACGCAUAUUUUCCUAUGCGUUUUAAUUGUUUUCUAUAGUGAUUUCCAUUUCUCCGAUAUAUGAUAAGCAUCUAAUGGUCGAACGAUCAACAUUAACCAUGCUACUACUAGGGAAACAAUUAAUGUAGCUAAUGUUCUCAAAAAAGCAGUUAAUGUAAACAUUAGUUACAUCUCAAAAUAUUUUGUGUACUGUGUAUCUGCGCAUCGUUUAUGCAAUCAUGUUUCAUAUCCUCGUUGAACCCUUAUUUAUAUUCUAAGGUUAUAUGAAACAUACGCUGCUGUUACGUUCAUGUCAAUAAUUAUUUAUGCUAAUCGGUAGAUUGAUUUUUUUUAAAAUCUUUCUACAAUGUAUCUACACAGAGUUUUCUUCGAUAGAUGUUUAUCGUGUCCUGAACAUGAACUAACUGAUUUGAUAGCGUUAGCUGAAAUUGAGGGUUUUAUAAACUUGUGUUUGGUCGAAAUGUGGCCAUAUAAAACGGUUUUACG